AUGUUCGAACACUCAAAUAACCUAUUUGAAGACAAACAUGAUUCUAUUGAAAGCUCUCAAAAGAGUUCCGAAGAGAGUGACACUCGGGUCGACGACAAAAAUUCAUUGCAUAAUAACAAGACAGAUAUUUCUAAAGUUACGACAAAAGAACUUAUUCAGAACUAUUUUAAAGUGAAACACGACUACCCUAAAGGUACAAAAGCUAAUAUAAUAAAAAAUCUCAAAAAGUUCGAAAAGAAAAUAAAUAAUCUCAAACCCGAUGAAAAAUGCUCGAACACUAAAUUGGAGCAGAAAAAUGGAAAAAGCAACUCGGCAAAACACGUACAGAUCAACAUUAAGAAUCAGUCGCCGAAAAACAUUUUUACUACGAAGAUCCCACUAAGUGCUAGAAUAGAGAGUGUGCAAAAUGAUAAAGACGUUGACUCCUGGAUAUCAUUAACAGUCCCUUCACCAAGGCCUAUAGACGUGAACCAUACAGAAGCUAGGGAGGACAGUAAAACAGUAUCCCCAACUAGUGACACAAAAUCUAUAGAUGCUGAAAAUAGCUCUAAAGACGGAGGAAACCCUUUACCAGCAAGUUCUAACACAAAAGAGGAAUCCGCAAAAGUGAAGGACCUAGACGAUAAAUCAACCGUUCUAGAUAUAUAUUCAAUGUUAAAAGAAAUCGAGAGCUACGGAGAUAAUCCAGUGACUACAGCAAAUUUAGAUACAACAACUAAAAAGAACGAGGUUCAAAUAGAAAGACCUCCGACGCCCAAGGACAAUUUCCUGGAAAUAUUCGAAUUCUUGGAAAAGGUUGAACAGAGUGCGACCGACGCUUUAUCUGUCGUGAAUAAUUCUACACCUCAAACUACACCUAAAUUGGAGGUGCUCUUAAAGCUACCUCACACGGAGCUAGCGCAAAGAUUAGUGACGGCUUCGUUGCAAUUAGAGGAACGAUCAUGCUGCAUUGCCCUUCUGCAAGAGAGUCUCGCUAAUCACAAACAGCAGAUGAUUACGAAAGUCAGCAACUUGGAGAAGCAGUCGCAGCGUAACAUCAUGAAAGUGAAGCAAGAGUGCGAGGAUACCAUAAAACGCCACCAGAGUUUUAUAGACCAGCUUAUAAACGACAAGAAGACCCUGAACCAUCGCAUAGAGCAGUUGGUCGACGAGAGGCGGUCAUUGGAGGAGCGAUGGAAGCGGUCCGUCCAAAGUAUGGAGGAGCGAUACAAGUUGGAGCUGCGAAAUCAACACGACAAAAUGGCCGCCGCGCAACAGGUGGCGAGGCAAAGAUGGGUCCGCCAGAAAGCUGAAAAAAUUAAGGAGCUUACGGUAAAGGGUUUGGAGGGAGAGCUCCGCGAAAUGGCUGAGCGUCAACAGAAGGAAAUAUCGGAUUUGAAGAUGGCGCAUGCAGAGCUGAUGGGGAAGACGCAGGCCAAGCAUACGAAUGAGUUAGAAGAGCUUAGAAGAACACUAGAGCAGGAGAAAGAAGAUGCUCUGAUAAAAGAGAGGCACCUGGCCAGCUCAAGGAUGGAGAAGCAGAUCCUGGAGAUGGAGCUGACUUAUCAGGAGCAGAGGACGCGGCUGGUGGGCGAGCUUCGGGCGGAGGGCGAACGCGCGGCCGAGCAACUCGCCGAGCGGGAUCGCGAGCACAGAGCGAAUAUGGAACGGUGGAAGGUAGAGCAAGAGAAGAUUCUAGAAGAGAAACGCAAGCAGUUGGAGAAAGAAAUAUCUGCUGAGAAGGCGAGGAUGGAAGAGCUAUUGAAAGUCAAACGGGCCGAGUUGGAGGAGGAAUUUGAGCAGCGCAGAAAGGAGUUGGAAGCAGAACAGCAGGUGGCGCUCAAGAAGAGGGUGACGGAGAUAUCCGCGCAGCACAAGAUGGAGCGAGACAGGGAGAUAGAGAAGGCCAUAGAGAGCAUGGAGGCGGAAGCUCAAGCCGGCAGAAGAGAGUUACAGGAAGCUCUGAAGAGGAACAAGGAGCAAUACGAGGCAGAGCUGAGGGAGCUGGCCGAGACCGAAGGGGCGACCCUCAGGAGGUACCAAGAGGCGCAGGCGCGCAUCAGAAACACAGAAGGCCGAUGCGCGGAACUGGAGGUGUCCAUAGGACAGCUGGAGACGAGGAACAAAGUCCUCACUGAGAGGAACAUACAGCUCGAGUCGAGUUUGGAUGAGACGAGGAAGAGAUGCGAAGAGCAGUGGCGCGGUAAAAUCGAAGCCUUGAACAAGCAAAUGACCGAUAUGAAGCAGACGCACGAGGAACAGAUGCACCAGCUAUACGCCAAGGUGAAAGUCGCAGUAGCGAGAAAGGACUCGGCAAUCCAAGCACUCACGAGGGAGGCUGGAAAAUACCAGGAGAAGAUAACACUUCUAGAACAAAAACUGCACCAGCAGAGGAGAGAUUUCUUGAAGCAGAAG